GCCGGACCGGUUAUGUUGUCUGCGUUAAGAUAUCACACGUUUUAAUAGAUUUAAUUACCACCUGUAUAGUUUUAAUUGUAUCAUUGUGUUGUAGCAGAACUUUCAGUGUUGUGUUUCCGGAAUACGAGGACUUUUCAUCCGUUAAUGGUGCAUCAGUGUGUGUUGUUAUUAUACCUAGUGACUCAGGUGUUGAGGAUUUAUUUUGACACUGGAUAGGAAUGCUUACAGGGCACCCUUCUGGCGAACAUGUGACGCGCCGCGAUGCCCACUCUGUCCGCGGCACCUGAGCAGAGUCCCUCCGGUCCCCCAAACCGGAACCCGCCACUCGCCAUGAGCCCCGAGCAGGAGGCCAGCCCGCCCCCGGCCACCCCGGGGGCAUCACCGCCGCCCCAGCCGCCUUCGCGACUGCCCUCGCCACUCACAACCGCCCACCACACCUCCGACGUAGAACAAUUCGCCGGCAAGAUCGUCUACAACCCCGACGGAUCCGCCUACAUCAUCGAGGACUCUGAGAGCGAGGGUGACUCACUGGGCGGGUUGAAUCCGCCCGAGAUAGUGCCGCCCCUGCAGGCUGUGUACGUGUCACGGUUGCUGAGGCAGCCAGCCCGGCCUACCGAGCUGCCCGCGGUGCACAGCUACCGCGUGGUGGCGCUGAGAGACGCGAGGCCGCCCAGACCAGCUUCCGUGCCCGUCAAGCCUAUCCUCAUGUGCUUCGUGUGCAAGCUGAGCUUCGGAUUCGCGCGCAGCUUCGCCAGUCACGCUCAAAGCGAGCACGGGCUCACUAUCGGCGAGCACGAGAAGGAAGUGCUGGCUGCCGAUUGCUCGGCCAUCUUGCAGUGUGUCGGGGCCGAUAAACGACCGAUGGUCUCGCUACUAGAGCCUCUGGGCUCGACGCAACACGACAACCACAACUCCAAUCAAAUAGUUCCUCUUAAUUCUGUACAAAACCGCAACGAAGGUCUCUCGCCUGUGUCCGACACUCCGCCAUGUUCCUCUGCCCGGAAUACUCCUGGGAAAUCGCCGUCACCGCCCUUCGUAGCGCCACCCGCCUUCAUGACCGGUACUACGAUAGGGGUGUGUCCGGACCAUCUGCAAGGAAGGCCCUCUGGGGUGGAAUGUGCUCGCUGCGAGAUGAUACUCGCUUCGGGCAGGCUGGGACCUGCUGGACUGGCGAACGUGCACAGCAGGAAUUCCUGCAAGACCUUGAAGUGUCCCAAGUGCAACUGGCACUACAAGUACCAGGAAACUUUGGAAAUUCAUAUGAAGGAGAAGCACCCGGAAGCAGAGACCAGCUGCAUUUACUGUAUAGCGGGCCAACCCCAUCCUCGGUUAGCGAGGGGGGAGACCUACACUUGCGGGUACAAACCUUACCGUUGCGAGGUUUGUAACUACUCAACGACAACCAAAGGGAAUCUCAGUAUACACAUGCAAUCCGACAAACACCUGAAUAAUAUGCAAGAGCUGCAAAACGGUGGUGCGCCGAACACCGAGAGCCGGCAAUCUUCUCCUAAAGCUCCUCCACUACACCACUCUCCAGUCAGCAGCGGGCACAAGCCUAAGCCCAGCUUCAGAUGCGAUGUCUGCAACUACGAGACGAACGUCGCUAGGAAUCUCAGGAUACACAUGACCUCGGAGAAGCACACGCAUAACAUGCUAGUGCUGCAACAAAACGUGAAACACAUGCAAACGCUAUCAGCUCUGCACCACCAACAUCCCCAACAACACAUGGACAACCUCUACGGGAUCUACCCCGGUCUGGGAGACAAACCCGAGGCUGCGCUUGCUGAUAUGGCGUACAACCAAGCUUUGCUCAUCCAGAUGAUGACGGGAGGUCAGCUGCCGAACCACGCAGGCCCAGCAGACAUGUCAGCGCACUCCGACCUCGGUUUGAACCCAGACACGAUGGAACCGCCUCCGGAACCUGCGGACCCGGACCCAGAAAAGGUCUACCAGUGCUGCGUGUGCAAUAUAUUCCAAACGGACGGCUUAGAAGACCUGGGAAGACAUCUGGCGCACGACCGAACGAGACUGAGGGAGCAGGAGAUACUCGCCGUGGUGGCAGGCCAUUACGUCUGCAAGCUCUGCACCUACAAGACAAACCUCAAAGCCAACUUCCAAUUGCACUGUAAGACUGAUAAACACCUGCAGAGGCUGCAGCACGUCAACCACGUCAAAGAAGGCGGUCCCAGGAACGAGUGGAAACUGAAGUAUGCUUCGGCGCCUGGAGGCGUUCAAAUCCGCUGCAAUGCUUGUGACUACUAUACCAAUUCCGCCCACAAGCUGCAGCUGCAUGCUGCUGCGGGUCGACACGAUGCGGGGGUGGCGCUGAUGAAGCACUUGGCUGAGAGAUGCUCGUCUUUGAGUCCGAGUCAAGCUAGAGUGUAUCAUUGUUCGUUGUGCGGGUUUUCGGCGACCAAUAGGCUGCCGCUGCUGCAACACGUGAGGUCGCUGAAGCAUCUGCACAUGGAGCAGCUGCAUCAGCUUCAGAGGCGGGCUGAGGGGAAGGAGUCCAAUCCUGAGAUCGGGGAGGUUUUCCACGUGGUUCCUGGGCCGAUGGAUCAGCAUCAGAGUCAGCAACAACAAACACCUGAGCGCAGAGAUAGCAUCAGCUCCGAACUCAGCCAGAUCGAGGCUAACAGAGAUCAAAUCAAGAACGAACCGCGAGAAGAAUCCGAAGACGCCAACAACAGCAGCAACGAAGGCGGCAACCACCAGCACAUGUGCCCUUUUUGCGACUACAGCAGCGACUCAGAAAUGCGUAUCCAAGCGCACAUUCUAGCUCAGCACAGCAACAACAACGCCUCCAUGUCAGAGCCGGUCCUGCACUGCCCUUUGUGCCAGGACUGCUUCAAGGAUCGUACGACGUUAGAGCGUCACGUGAUGCAAAUACACUCGGUGAACAGCGAGGGCCUGCAAAGGCUGCUCAUGCUGGUCGACCAGAGCCACUGGUUGAACCAGGGCUCGAGGACAUCGACGCCUAACCACACUCACGCAUCGCCCAACCAGAUGGUAUCGCCGACCUCAGUGUCUUCCAAGGAGUCCAACAAAUUCGAGAAGAGCGACCUCAGUCACGAUCCUGAACCGGAUCUGAUGUCGCCCAACAGUGACGAUAACAUAGAAUCGGAGUCGGAACGUUGCGGGACCUGCUUCAAAGCCUUUCGUAACAUUGACGAGCUCUGCUAUCACCAGAACGAGACUGGCCAUUUGGAAAUCAAGCAAACUCCAACUGGUCCAGGCUACGCGUGCUGGAAAAAAGGUUGCAACCAGUUUUUUCCGACAGCGCACACUUUGCAGAUGCACUUCAAAGAAGUGCACGCUAGAAACUCGGUUUCCAACAUGUCUGUGUCCGAGAAGCACGUGUACAAGUACAGAUGCAACCAGUGCUCGCUGGCUUUCAAGACGCUCGAGAAGCUGCAGCUGCACUCGCAGUAUCACAUGAUUAGAGAUGCUACAAAGUGCGUGUUGUGUGGUCGGAGUUUCAGAUCCUUGGUCGCUUUGCAUAAACACGUAGAGAGCGUGCAUUCGGAAUUGACGGACGAAGAACUAGUCACGUACAAGCAGAGCCUGAUGAACAAUCCCCUGUUGUUGGCGGGUUUGCAAGGACAGGUGCUCGAUAGUUCGACGAACGACAUUUUGAAGAAGGAAUCGCUACGCAGCGAAGAUGAUUCUGCUGAGGGUGACGACAGCAAGGAGCUAAACACUAGUCAAUCAUUAGACGAUAGCAAUCAAAACGACGGCGACAAUUCCGAUGAUAGUAUCAUUUACAAGGACCAACAAUUCUUGGAAGACUACCUGAACAGUCAGGCCAUCGCCGAAGACAGUUACAACGAUCCGAAUAGGAAGUACAAGUGCCACCGGUGUAAGGUAGCUUUCACUAGACAAAGCUAUCUGACCGCUCACAAUAAAACUCUUUUACACAGGAAGGGUGAAAAACUGAGCUACCCCAUGGAGAAAUACCUGGACCCGAACAGGCCGUACAAAUGUGACGUGUGCAAAGAAAGUUUCACACAGAAAAACAUACUGCUCGUUCAUUACAACUCGGUCAGUCAUUUGCAUAAACUGAAAAGAGCCAUGCAAGAACAACAGAACAAUAACAAUAACAGUCCGGUGUCGCCUAUAAUGAGCGGUACGCAACCUCAAAACUUAACGCUAACCCCUAAAAGUACGUCUUCAGAAGAAGACGAGAAAAAGAGAUACCGGUGCAAUAUCUGUAAAGUUGCGUACACGCAAGGCAGUACCCUCGACAUUCACAUGCGGAGCGUCCUUCACCAAACUAGGGCGAGCAAACUGCAAGAUUUGGCAUUGGCCGGCCAAAUAGACUUGACCAAACCCCUAAUUGAACAACCCGAAGCCGUGCAGUCUCCGAAACAAGCGAGUCCGGCGCCAGGUAGUGGGGACAAACAACCCUCUCCCACCCCACCGUCGCCGGGUCUGCCAGGUAGCCAAGGGAUGAGUUGCCCCAAGUGCGGUGCACAGUUCACUUCGCAAGACCAGUUGAGCGCCCAUCAGCAGCUGUACUGCACGUUCGCGACGCCUAUGGCGAUUUUUCAAGGCGCACCGGAGCCGAAUCCAGCCAAAUCGCCGCCUCCCUUGGAGGACGCUAACAAACAGAAAAAGCCGCAAAGUCACAUGUACAAGCACUUGCUGGAGAGUUUCGGGUUCGACCUAGUGAUGCAAUACAAUGAGAGCCAUCAGAGACGGCAAAGACAGCGCGAGGCAGAAGAAAAAGCGGCCAGCGAGGCCCAAAGUUCGCCGCAAUCAGCUCCCGAAGAGGCAGUCGGAGAGGCAGCAGAGGGGCAGGACCCCAAAGCGGAGGAAGCGGCUGAAAUCGACCUACCUGAAGUAAGUAAAUCUACGUGCCAACAUUGCAAUAAAGAGUUCUCUAGUGUGUGGGUGUUAAAAUCUCACUGUGAAGAAGUUCAUAAAGAUUUAGUGCCACUCGAAUUCUUAGAAAAAUAUGCUCAACAGUUCAAAAACGAGUACGAAAAGAAAACCGUGGUGGUCACGGCAGCUACCUCGUCCACCUUGAACUCCAUACCUACAACCACCACCUCGUCAGUGCCAAGUAGCCCCAUCGCCGAUACACCCACCACCCCGGAAAAAGAAGACGAGCCCAAAGAAACCUUGCACGCCAAGCUGAACCUGCAGUCGCCUGUUCCGGAGGCUACGGCCGCCUCAGCAGACUCGCUGCCCGCCAACAUCCAGGCGAUGAUCGCUCAGAGCAUGGCUCAGAACCCUAUGGCGCUGGCGCAGCAAAUGUCCGAGAUGCAGGCGGCGUUGAACGUGAUGCAGCUGCAACAGCUCAAUUUCAAUCCGAUGAUGCAGAUGAUGGGCAUGGGUCUGCCGCUGGGGCUUAAUGCGCUGGCGGCGAUGAACUUGCAGCCGCCGCUGGUACCGCUCAUGAUGCCGCCCCCGCCGUACGAUCACAUGGGGCAGUUCGGGCCGCAGGAUCAGCAGCAGAUGAUGGCGAAGCAGCAGCAGGCGAUGAUGCAGCAGCAAGCGGCUGUCAACGCUGCUGCCAAUCAGAAAAGAGCUAGGACGCGAAUCACCGACGAACAAUUGAAAAUUCUGCGCGCGCACUUCGACAUCAACAACUCCCCAUCCGAAGAUCAAAUUCACGAGAUGGCCUCCCAAAGCGGUCUGCCACCAAAAGUAAUCAAGCACUGGUUCCGAAACACCCUUUUCAAAGAACGACAACGCAACAAAGACAGUCCCUACAACUUCAACAAUCCACCAUCCACCACACUGAACCUAGAAGAGUACGAGAAAACCGGAGAAGCUAAAGUGAUGCAGCUGAACAGCUCUGGCAGCAGCAUCGAAGAAACCAAAUCUAAAGACUCGCCAAUACCAAUACCUUGCCCACCAGAGGUAAAACUCGAGCCAAGGGAAGAACCAAUCGAAGACCUUCCCAAGUUUCACGAUGACAAACCCUUACACGAACCCAUCGACGAGAAACCUAAUAUCUUCAACCUGCCACUCAAUCUGCAACCACCGCAAAGCCCAGCUACUUCUGUAGCUAGCUCCGAUAACCAGAGCGUAUCACAACCGAGCACACCAAACAACCUAACGCUGACUUCGAUCAUUGCCUCCCAACUAGGCGACACUUUAACCACCAGCACUCCUUCAAUGAACAUGGGUAUGAACACCCAUCAUGGUCUCACCAGCCCGAUGCUACCACCUCCCAAACUACACCAAACCAACUACUCCAACCCCAACAACCUUCAGGGUAUGCUACCACUUACUCCCAACCGGUGUAUGAGUCCAAACAGGGACUACAACAGCUCUGGAAGCCAAAACUCCUCCAGCGGAAAAAGAGCCAACCGCACUAGAUUCACUGACUACCAAAUAAAAGUCCUACAAGAGUUUUUCGAGAAUAACGCAUACCCAAAAGACGACGACCUAGAGUAUCUUUCGAAGCUGCUGAACCUGAGCCCGCGAGUGAUCGUGGUCUGGUUUCAGAACGCUAGACAGAAAGCACGUAAAGUGUACGAGAACCAGCCAGCAACUGAACCAGCACCGGCCGACGAACCUGGCGCCAACAGGUUCCAAAGAACUCCAGGUCUGAACUACCAGUGCAAGAAGUGUCUCUUGGUGUUCCAAAGAUACUACGAGCUUAUUCGACAUCAGAAGACCCACUGUUUCAAGGAAGAGGAUGCCAAGCGAUCCGCGCAAGCGCAAGCUGCUGCUGCGCAAAUAGCUGCGGUGCUGAGCUCGGAGGAUUCCAACUCCAGCACGGCUGUCGAGCAACAACAGCACCAAGUACCUGCUCCUCAACAACCCAAUUUGCAACCAGUACCUCAAGUCAAUCCCGCGCAUAGUCCUAUUCAACCUAACCCGCCCACUACGCCAACUCCUACCCAACAAGCAAAUUUUCCUCCUACUUCCCCGGCUCCUUCUGAGACCAAGGAAAGCACUUUCCAGUGCGACAAAUGCAACUUGGUUUUUCCGAGAUUUGAACUGUGGAGAGAACAUCAACUCGUUCAUUUGAUGAACCCCAAUUUGUUUCCUUCUUACCCGCCUGACUCGCCUUUCGGUAUCCUUCAGCAGCAUGCUCAGCUUCAGCAGCUGAACGCCAACCUGGGAGAUCUCACCAAGCAGCAGAAUAACGUAGCAGCUUCAGCCCCGCAAAACAUGCAGCAUCCCUUGAUCAAUAUGCUGAAUAACGUGACGGGUCAAAAGAGGAAGAUGGACGAUUUUGAGGGUGAGAGUGACACUUCAGACCAGCCGAAGGACAAGAGGCUGAGGACGACGAUACUGCCAGAACAGCUAGAUUACCUCUACCAAAAAUACCAGGUCGAAAGCAACCCUUCCAGGAAGAUGUUGGAGAACAUCGCUCGGGAGGUUGGUUUGAAGAAACGAGUAGUGCAAGUGUGGUUCCAGAAUACUCGCGCCAGAGAAAGGAAGGGCCAGUUUCGUGCUCACGCGCAAGUGAUCAACAAGCGAUGCCCGUUUUGCCCGGCUCUGUUCAAAGUGAAAUCUGCUUUAGAGUCCCACCUUAGUACAAAGCAUGCCGAUCAGUGUGCUAGGGGAGAAAUAAACAUCGAUGCUUUGCCAGACGAAGACAUCAGCAUGGAAUCGACGCCGAGCCUUAGUUCCGGAGGAGAAAACAAAUUGGGUAUCCAGAACCCAAACAUGAUGCCGCCACUUUUUCCUUCUCUUCAUCCUGACAUGGAAAACUCCAUCAAGAAGUACUACGAGGAGAGUAUGAAGAGAUACAUCAGCGAGUUGCAAGCUCAUGCUUCGUCGUCCAACGGCGAUAAGAGCGAGAUCAAAACCGAAAAAGGGGAAAGUGGUGAGAUACCUUUAGACCUCUCCAAACCAGUAGACCUAUCCAGACCUGUGAAGAUAUCCAUGGACCAGGAACGCAGCAUUUGCGGCGACCCUGGACCCUUGACCGAUCUCAGUGAACGAUCUCUGUGCGACGAAAGAAGCGACUCGAUGUCAGAAACCACGGAGUUCUACGACGAUGAAAGUAAUCCCACAUCUCCAGCUAGCAGCACCCAGAGCAACACCCAAAGAAUGAACAGUUCCGCGGGAGGCUCCAAGCGAUAUCGAACCCAGAUGUCCUCGGUGCAAGUGAAGAUAAUGAAGAUACUGUUCACCGACUACAAAACCCCUACAAUGGCAGAAUGCGAGAACCUCGGACGCGAAAUUGGUCUACCCAAGAGGGUAGUCCAGGUGUGGUUCCAGAAUGCCCGGGCCAAGGAAAAGAAGGGCAAACUGGUGAUACCCAAGCUUGAGGGGGAAACUCCAGACGACUGUAGGUACUGCAACUUCAAGUACUCGCACAAGUACUCCAUCCAGGACCACAUCUUCACCAAGACCCACAUAGCGAACGUCAGGGUGUACCUGGAGAGCCAGACCAAGGAAGCGCCUGCAGAGGGGGAAUUUACGGUACCUCCGCUGCCUGGAGCUUCUGGAACGGUGUCGGCGGAUUCGACGACCAGUCCUGCGCAGAAUCACAACAACAAUACGCACGUGCAGCUGCUGCAGAUGGCCGGGAUGCAGGUGGGGAACGUCUCGAAAGGAGACCAGGAAGAGAGUCCCGAGUCGCUGUUCCAGCAGCUGUACGCCUUGGGGAACAACGUCAACUAUGGGGUGCAGAACCAGUACGUCCACCAUGCGAUGUUUGGAGCUAAUGGCUAAUUUUUUUGUCUAAAUUUUGAGUUCCGGGACAGAUGUGUCAAGUAUUUGGACAGAUGGAGAUGAGGCAUGAGACAGGAAACAGUGUAAAUAAGAAGAAAGAGACUUAUGAGUUCCAUGCCGAAAGCAAUUGUGAUAUUAUUUUGAUUUAUGUUAUAUAAGAAGUUCAACAUUUUGUAUAUAUUUUAUACAGGUAUUUCUAAGUUCCUAAGCUUCUAAAAUGCUUCCAGUAAGUUAUAAAGUUUUAGUUGUAAUAAAUUAUUUUUUAAUUAAAUA